CAAAGAGCUGACAACUCUGACCCACAAAGACACUCACACACAGAGGCUUCCUUUAAUACGUUAUUUGACUCAUCUUAAAGGAAACCUACAGAUGGUUUAAAGUCAGAAUGCCUCAUCCUGUCGGUGAUUGUACUCAUCUCCUCACCUGGUGGUUAUUGUGAUGAUCUGGUUUUAUUCUCUUUCCAAUGAGCGAAAUUAAUACUCGUCUACAGUUGGUUGUUAAACUUCCUCCCGGUCGACUCUUCCAACAUGGACUUUGGUUUGGUUUUCCCUCUGAUACUUGCCUUCCUUUCCGCUGGACGGAGAUUCACCAGGGCGACCAGUAAUUCAUGUUAUUCAUUGUGCCCACGUGGAUAUCAUAAAGCUGGUGACUGUGAAUCUCCCGCUGCAAAGCACAGAUGUGUAAAAUGUGAAAAUACCACAUUCACAGAUAUAGAAAACACUUUGCCGAAAUGCCGGAGGUGUGACUCAUGUGGUCAUUAUGAGAUGGAAAUAAGGCCCUGCUCCUUUGAUGCGGAUGUGGAAUGUGACUGUAAAGAGGGCUACUACAACGCAGGCUUAAACCCCAACAUAAGGGAUUGCCAGCCGUGCCCCGGUCGUAAAGGGCCUGAUAAUUCUGACUACAACAGGAACGGCCAGUCCUACCAAAGUCUUCUUUCUUUCAGGUGCUUGAAAGACCCAGAAUGCCAGAGGAAAUGUAUAACAGCUACAAGUCCACCUCCUACAAAUCCACCUGCAACUGCAGUCAAGAGCACAUCUGUAUUUUUGACUACGGCACCUACAACUCCAGGAACCACAGCUUCAACCAGCGCACCGAAUCCUGUUGGGAGCUCAAUUCCACCUAACUCGGUGAACCCAAUGCUCUGGCUGUUUUUUGUGGUGGUUGUGGUGACAUUUCUCCUGCUCUUUUGGAUCGUGCUGCUCCUCACCGGGAGCCCACCCAGAUACCCUGAUGGUUGCCCCUGCUGGCGUGUGAACAAAGACCUGGAACCCUGUGUCGAGGACCCCAAAUUCAACGAACAUUGCAGUCAUCAAGGCGGCAGUCCAACCACGCUGACAUUAAAUAUAUCAGAGGAUAGCCCCAUGAUGACUGUCAGUCAGAGUCCGACAACAUCAGAACAUCUGGCCCACAUCAGUCCUGAACACAAAGUUGCCAGACAAGAUGACAAAUCGGAGCACUGGCCGGCCAUCGUCCUCUACGCGAUUAUCAAGGAGGUGCCCUUGCGUAGGUGGAAGGAGUUCUUGCGUCUGCUCUCGGUGGCUGAUCAGCAGCUGGAGCGGGUGGAACUGGAGGCUGGUCUGGGUCUGGGCUCCAUGGAGAGGCAGUACCAGAUGCUUAGGCUGUGGAGCCAGCACUCCUCUGCAAGCCUGAAUGAUGUCUUCUCUGCCUUGCACUACAUGGAUUUAUCUGGCUGUGCUCAGCUGCUGCAGGAAAGCCUGGAGAAGCUGGAGUGGACACCUGAACUGAAGCAAGGUUUCAGAGACCAUGGUUUCAAUGGGGCAAUGCAGGACACUUGAGGCUGCGCCUGGGGACACUAGUACCACACUAUCAUACACCAGUGUAUAAGACUAGAAACUUCAAGUCUCUGGAAAGGAUGUUACUAACUGUAGCUACUACACGGUGCAACCAAAGACUGCAAUAAUGUGACAAAUAACCCACACCGAGUAAUGCCAAUGUACAUCGCAGUCCAGCUAAGAGUUAAAUGGCAUUACAGAAGUACUGAGGAUAUCCUGAUUGGCCCAACUACAAUUGGACUAUUUCUUCUUUUCCUACUUCUCUUAAUUGAUAAAUAUCAUCAAAUACACUAUAUAGACAAGUGUAUAAUAUAUCUUUUCUUGAGUUUUUAUUGGGUUGAGCUUUUUUUACCUCCAAAUUUUUCUUAAAAGGCAGAAUGUACAUCUAGAAAAUAAUGGAGUUGUUGCAGUGCAGUCAGCUGUAGAACUGGAGCUUGGAUUAUUAAGUGAAUGCAUGUGACAACAACAACAAGAGCAACAACAGCAUUUUUUUUUUUUUUUACAGAAGGACAUCAUGGCCUGUUAAUGCUCAAGCAGAACUCUAGUAAUCUAGGUGGAGAGAAAUGAUUUAAAGAUUAAUUAGGGGAUAUCCCCUUCCAUUAGCUUUGCUGUUGGAAUGCCCUUUAGCACACCACAGCUUCUUGUUAAAGGCCAACAGUGGAUGGCUGUGGUUUUACACCACGGUGCUGAAAUGCAAAUGUCUAUACCUCUAUGAAUGUGUACGUGUAUGUGUGAAGAAAAUGGAGGAAGUGUUGAAGAGGAAGAAGAACUUCCUUUUUUGAAUUCUAAAGAAAUCCAUGCUUGGCUCUUUUAUUUUAACAGCAUUGAACUAGUCAGAGUAAAGACUCUUCUUGAGUUUGAGCAUAUGAACUGUUUGAACAUUUCAGUAUACAUCUAUGAUGUUUGAACAGCACCGCUGCAGAUUAUUUCACCACAUCUGACAUCGUCUUCAUCUCGUUUGACAUGAAAGGCGCGUAUAACAAUUCAGCCACUGCUUCUUAAUUGCGCACCCUCACAAGAGAAGAAAACUGAAAUCCCCACAGGUCGUCAGAUUUUCAGUUUCCUGCCAAUAAAUAGUGUCAACGUGCAGUAGGCUGGGUUUUUCCUCACCACACAUAUUCCAUCCAAAUUGAUGGUUUCCUGUUGUGAGGUCGGGGUAUCUCACUUUGAGAGUUUGUAUGUGUCAGUUCAGUUACUGGCAGUAAAGGAGUUGGACUUUCCGAUUAAUGGAAUUUAUUAAUGAACAUUUUAAUAUGAAUCUAGGUCUGUGGUUUUUGCCCUUCAGACGCAUGUGUGUGUGUGUAUUUCAUAAUAAAUUAUUUUUCAUUUUUG